AGCCACCUAAAUUUUAUAAUGCAACAUAUAACAUAAUCUUUUUAAUAUGCCAAAAAUUACAAAUAUUAUCCCUUCUUCUCCUCCUCCAUGUCUGAACUAUAUUCAUUUUAUUACUUCUCCGACUUGUACAACUAGCUGAUAUUUUUUCUUUUUCUCUCUACAAAAAUCACCAAAAAGAGAAAAAAAUCAUGUCUUCCCCUAGCAAAAGGAGAGAGAUGGACUUGAUGAAACUGAUGAUGAGUGAUUACAAGGUGGAAAUGAUUAAUGAUGGGAUGCAAGAGUUUUAUGUGCAUUUUCAUGGACCUCCUGAAAGUCCUUAUCAUGGUGGAGUUUGGAAAAUAAAGGUGGAACUUCCAGAUGCUUACCCGUAUAAAUCUCCAUCGAUUGGCUUUAUUAAUAAAAUGUACCAUCCAAAUGUUGAUGAGAUGUCAGGUUCAGUUUGUUUAGACGUUAUCAAUCAGACUUGGAGUCCCAUGUUUGAUUUGACGAACAUAUUUGAAGUGUUUCUUCCACAACUUCUCUUGUAUCCAAACCCAUCAGACCCGUUGAAUGGGGAAGCAGCUGCCUUGAUGAUGCGAGACCGAACUGCGUAUGAACUAAGAGUUAAAGAAUAUUGUCAAAAAUAUGCCAAGCCGGAAGACGUUGGAGCUGUCCCUGAGGAGAAGUCAAGUGAUGAGGAGUUAAGUGAAGCUGAAUACUCAGAUGAUGAGGCAAUGGCAGGCCCUGUUGAUCCAUAAUAAUAUCUCCUUCAUCUCCAUUUCCUGUCUGUAUCUGUAAAUGAUGUUAUUU